AUGGCAGAAUAUGAAGCUUGCGCCAUGGCAGUUUUGGCGGCUUUGGAAUCGAAAGCAAAAGUUCUAGAAGUAUAUGAAGAUUCAGCCCUAGUCAUUAAUCAGCUUAACCAAGAAUGGGAGAGUCGAGAUAAGAAGUUAAUACCUUAUUUUACCUACAUAAAAGAAUUGUCUUUAGAAUUUGACAAAAUCACGUUUCACCAUGUCCCUCGAGAAGACAAUCAAUUGGCUGAUGCUUUGGCUACUUUAUCAUCUAUGUUCCAAAUAAAUCGAAACGAUGAAAUCCCAUCAAUUAAAAUGGAGAGUCGAGAUUAUCCUGCCUACUGCCAUGUCAUGGAAGAAGAAACUGACGAAAAACUGUGGUAUGAAGACAUCAAACAUUAUCUUAUAAAUAGAGAAUAUCCUCCCGGAAUAUCGGAGAAUGAGAAAAGAACGUUGAGACGGUUAUCCGCGAGCUUUUUUGUGAACGAAAAUAUUUUGUAUAAGAGGAAUCACGAUAUGGUACUCCUCAGAUGUGCAGAUGUUAAUGAGGCGAAGGAAAUUCUACAAGAUAUCCACGAUGGCUCUUAUGGGAUCCAUAUGAAUGGACACGCCAUGUCUAGAAAGAUUCUUCGGGUCGGAUAUUAUUGCUCACCCUAG